CACCUAUUAACGAUAAUCCGAUUAUUAGGAUUAUCCCGUUACUAAACGAUAGUUUUAAUGAGAAUAGUUACUACGGACAACAUCGUAGUUAUGGUGAACAUUACACAGUGUUGUGUAUAUAAACAGGGGUAAAAUCCUAUCUCAGUACAGUCACUUCUAGUGUCACCACAUCCACUUCUACUAACCGUAUAAUAUCCUACACCAAUUCAAAAAUGCGGGAAAUCGUACAUAUGCAAACAGGCCAAUGUGGCAACCAGAUUGGAGCUAAGUUUUGGGAAGUGAUCUCUGAUGAACAUGGUAUCGACCCUACUGGAACAUACCACGGUGAUUCAGAUCUUCAGUUGGAAAGAAUCAACGUUUAUUACAAUGAAGCUACAGGAGGAAAAUAUGUACCCCGAGCUGUUCUCGUUGAUUUGGAACCCGGUACCAUGGAUUCCGUACGUUCAGGCCCUUUUGGUCAGAUUUUCCGACCAGAUAAUUUUGUCUUUGGACAAUCUGGUGCUGGUAACAACUGGGCUAAAGGUCAUUACACCGAAGGUGCUGAAUUAGUCGACUCUGUGCUAGAUGUGGUCCGUAAGGAGGCUGAAAGCUGCGAUUGUCUACAAGGAUUCCAGCUGACCCACUCUCUUGGUGGUGGAACUGGUUCUGGUAUGGGAACCCUCCUCAUUAGUAAAAUUCGUGAAGAAUAUCCAGAUAGAAUCAUGAACACCUUCUCUGUCUGUCCUUCACCUAAGGUAUCAGAUACAGUUGUUGAACCUUACAAUGCCACUCUAUCAGUCCACCAACUGGUAGAAAAUACAGACGAAACCUACUGUAUAGAUAACGAGGCCCUUUACGACAUCUGCUUCAGGACAUUGAAGCUGACCACACCUACAUACGGCGAUUUGAAUCAUCUGGUAUCAGCCACCAUGUCUGGCGUGACUACCUGUCUACGAUUCCCUGGCCAAUUGAAUGCUGAUCUUCGAAAACUUGCUGUCAACAUGGUACCUUUCCCGCGUCUGCAUUUCUUUAUGCCUGGUUUUGCUCCCCUAACAUCUCGAGGUUCCCAGCAGUACAGAGCUCUCACUGUACCUGAACUCACCCAACAGAUGUUUGAUGCCAAGAACAUGAUGGCCGCCUGCGAUCCUCGUCAUGGUCGUUACCUGACAGUAGCUACCAUGUUCAGAGGUCGUAUGUCCAUGAAGGAAGUGGAUGAACAAAUGUUGAACGUCCAGAACAAAAACAGCAGUUACUUUGUUGAAUGGAUCCCCAACAACGUCAAAACAGCUGUAUGCGAUAUUCCUCCAAGAGGUCUGAAAAUGUCCGGCACAUUUAUUGGUAACAGCACCGCCAUUCAGGAACUGUUUAAAAGAAUCUCUGAACAGUUUACUGCUAUGUUCAGAAGAAAAGCUUUCCUCCAUUGGUAUACUGGUGAAGGUAUGGAUGAGAUGGAAUUCACAGAAGCCGAAUCCAACAUGAAUGAUCUGGUAUCUGAAUAUCAACAAUAUCAAGAUGCUACAGCUGAAGAGGAAGGAGAAUUUGACGAAGAAGAAGGAGAGGGUGACGAAGCAUAAACAUUAAUGAAC